AUGAGAAUCUGUCGUACUAAUGUCUUUUAUCAGGACUUAUAUAUUUCAAUCCGAUUGUUAAGUUCACAACAUUCGAUGCAACGUGAUAUCUUCAUGACUCAGGAUAACGCGAAUAACAUAGCAUGUGUGCUUAGAAAGAAAGACACGAGGGAAAAGAUUUAA